AUGGCCCCAGUCGCUGAGGCCGUCGCGAAACGCUCGCCGCAAGAAAUUAUCGAAGCUAGAGAAGCAAAGAAGCGCUUAACAGACGCAACGCAGAAGUAUGGACGCGGCAAGGCAGUUCAAUUGAAGAAAAUCAGAGACAAGAAGUUGCGAGGGAAUUUGAAGGUCGUCGAAGACCGCUACAAGACAGCUGCACUUCGAGCAAAGGACGCGGAGAUUCUGCUCGAGAACGAGUCGGGGUUUUUGGAGCCCGAGGGAGAGCUUGAAAGAACAUACAAGGUCAGGCAAGACGAAAUAAAAGAGAAUGUGGGAAUUGAAGUCGCCAAGAAAGGGUUUGAAUUGAAGCUGGAGGAACUGGGACCGUAUCGAGCAGAUUACACUCGAAACGGCAAAAAUUUGCUUCUGGCUGGGCGGAAAGGCCAUAUUGCGACGAUGGAAUGGCGAUCCGGAAAGCUAGGGUGUGAGCUGCAGCUCAGGGAGACGAUACGCGAUGCGAAAUGGCUGCAUAACAAUCAGUUCUUUGCUGUGGCCCAAAAGAAAAACGUUUAUAUCUAUGACCACGCCGGUGUCGAAUUGCACUGUCUCAACAAACACAUCGAGGCCAAAUACCUCGAAUUUCUACCAUAUCACUUUCUUUUGGCUAGCGCUGCAAACAGCGGUUUUCUAAAAUAUACCGACACAUCCACUGGUCAGUUAGUUGCAGAACUGCCAACUCGAUUAGGCUCUCCAACAGCGCUUUGUCAAAAUCCCUGGAAUGCCAUUCUCCACGUUGGCCACCAAAACGGCACAGUCACUCUGUGGUCGCCCAAUUCACAAACGGCGCUGGUUAAAGCUCUUGUACACCGAGGACCAGUGCGGUCGAUGGCUAUUGAUCGACAAGGCCGAUACAUGGUCUCUACAGGCCAAGACAUGAGAAUGAAUAUUUGGGAUAUACGGAUGUUCAAGCAAGUACACUCAUAUUCUUGUUACCAGCCUGGGUCAAGUGUCUCCAUUAGUGAUCGCGGUCUUACAGCAGUGGGUUGGGGCACGCAGGUCAGCGUUUGGAAGGGUCUCUUUGACGCCGCAGCUGCGGACGCAGAAAAGGUCCAGAGCCCUUACAUGGCAUGGGGUGGUGAUGGACAGCGCAUAGAGAGCGUUAAAUGGUGUCCAUACGAAGAUAUUUUAGGUGUAGCUCAUGACAAGGGUUUCUCCAGUAUCAUUGUUCCUGGUGCGGGAGAACCAAACUUCGAUUCCACCGAAGUGAACCCAUACGAAACCACCAAGCAGCGCCAGGAGGCCGAAGUGAAGGCGCUAUUGAACAAGAUACAGCCCGAGAUGAUCUCAUUAGACCCAGAUUUCGUUGGUAAAAUUGAUGCGAUCAGCGACAAGAAACGCCGUGAAGAGCGAGCAGAGGACUUCAAACCGAAAGACCCCAUAGAAAAAUUGAAGAAUCGGGGACGAGGCCGGAACAGUGCGCUCAGGAAAUAUCUCCGAAAGAGAGGAAAGACAAAUGUCAUUGACGAGAAACGUCUCAAGGCAGAAGCUAUACAGAAGGAACGCACUUCUCAACAGCACGAAACACUGAGACAUGAACGAGAGCAAUUAGGACCUGCGCUGGCCAGAAAUUCGCAUUACAAGGAGUUGGAUUCGUUAUAG